AUGCGGGGGCUGCGCUCAGUGCCUUUAUUCAUCCGCACCGUGCGUGGGUCGGCCGUCCCCGCACCCCCAGGCGGUGACAUCAAGUACGCGUUUGCAGCCUCCGAAGACAGCCUCUUCCUGAGUCCGAGGGCCGGGAUUCAGGCUGGGGCCCGGCCCCCCACCGACCCCGAUCCCGGCCCCGACCCCGAACCCGACCGGCAGCUGACAGAACUCGGCCCGCUUUUUUUCUGGACUGAAGAGUCAGAGGACUAUGGCUCCCAAAGUUGUCCGGAGAGCGCGUCUCUCCGCGCGCAGGAUUUGAGCGACAGCCACCACCGGAGGGGCGAGGUCGACUUCUUCCCUUCUUUGCCCUCGGCCUCGGUGGGCGAGUUGACGCUGGAGGUGGGUCCCGUGGACACGCACCUGCCCUCGGACUUAAGCCGGACCCGCUCCCUCACGAGCGAGCCUGCGGGGUGUGCGGAGGACGGCCCCCGCCUGCGAACCGUGUUCGAUGCUCUGGACGGGGAUGGGGACGGCUUCGUCCGCAUGGAGGACUUCGUCCAGUUCGCCACGGUCUACGGGGCUGAGCAGGUGAAGGACUUAACGAAAUACUUGGAUCCCAGUGGGCUCGGCGUGAUCAGUUUUGAAGACUUCUACCAAGGGAUCACGGCGAUCAGAAAUGGAGAUUCUGAUGGCCAGCUGUGCAGCAUUGUCCCUGCCCAGGACGAGGAGCCGCAGGCCUGCCCUGAUGAGUUCGAGGACUUUGUUACCUUUGAGGCCAAUGAGGUAACAGACAGCGCAUACAUGGGCUCCGAGAGCACCUACAGCGAGUGUGAGACCUUCACCGAUGAGGACACAAGCACCGUGGUGCAUCCUGAGCUACAGCCUGAAGGGGACAUGGAUAGUGCGGGCGGCUCAGCCAUGCCCUCCGAGUGCCUGGAUGCCAUGGAGGAGCCUGGCCAUGGUGCUCUGCUGCUGCUCCCAGGCAGAUCCCACCUGCACAGCCAGUCUGUCGUCACGGUGAUAGGUGAUGAGGAGCAUUUUGAGGACUAUGGUGAGGGCAGUGAGGCAGAACUGUCCCCAGAGACCCUCUGCAAUGGGGAGCACGGCUGCAGAGACCCUACUUUUCUCACCCCCAGCGCCGACCCGCUUGCCACAAAGCUGCACAGCAUCCUCACUGAUGAGGCCUUUGAGUUUUACUGUAGCCAGUGCCAUAAACAAAUCAACCGCCUAGAAGAUCUUUCCGCUCGCCUGAAUGAUCUUGAAAAGAAUAGUCCAACGAAGCGGCUCUCCAGCAAGAAGGUGGCAAGACACCUGCUUCAGUCAGGGGCUCUGACCAUGGAAGCCCUGCAGGACCCUCCCCCAGACCCUUUGGAGGGCAUGGAAGAAGACAUUGCGGACAAGGUUGUCUUCUUGGAGAAGCGGGUGUCAGAGCUGGAGAAGGACACUGCUGCCAAUGGGGAGCAACACAGCCGACUGAGGCAGGAAAAUCUCCAGCUGGUGCACAGAGCCAAUGCCCUUGAGGAGCAGUUGAAGGAGCAAGAGCUGAGAGCUUGUGAGAUGGUUCUGGAAGAGACACGGAAGCAGAAGGAGCUCUUGUGCAAGAUGGAGAGAGAGAAGAGCAUUGAGAUCGAGAACCUGCAGGCCAGGCUGCAGCAACUGGACGAGGAGAACAGUGAGCUGAGGUCCUGCACGCCCUGUCUGAAGGCCAACAUCGAACGCUUGGAGGAGGAGAAACAGAAGUUGCUGGAUGAGAUUGAAGAGUUGUCACUGCGGCUCAGUGACGAGCAGGAAAACAGGAGGAAGCUGGGGGACAGGCUGAGUCACGAGAGACACCAAUUCCAGAAGGACAAGGAGGCAACCCAGGAGCUAAUUGAGGACCUACGGAAGCAGCUGGAGCAUCUACAGCUCUUCAAGCUGGAGGCGGAGCAGAGGAGGGGCCGGAGCAACAGUGUAGGCCUACAGGAGUACAAUAGCCGUACCCGGGAGAGCGAGCUGGAGCAGGAGGUCCGCAGGCUGAAGCAGGAUAACCGUAACCUGAAGGAGCAGAACGAUGAGCUCAAUGGACAGAUCAUAAACCUGAGCAUCCAGGGCGCCAAGAACCUCUUCUCCACAUCCUUUUCUGAAUCUCUGGCCGCAGAGAUCAGCUCGGUCUCCCGCGAUGAGCUCAUGGAAGCGAUUCAAAAGCAGGAAGAGAUCAACUUUCGCCUGCAGGACUACAUUGACAGGAUCAUCGUGGCCAUCAUGGAGACCAACCCGUCCAUCCUGGAGGUCAAGUAGAAGCAGCCCAGCCCAGCCCAGGGUGAUUCUGGACUCCACCAACACCACAGAGAUGGCCGCGGCACACGUGGGCCAAGAAUAGCAGGUCCCAUGCCCGAGCCCAGAGCGCACAGCUGAGCUGGGGCACAUAAAGAUGGGGUGGUGGAAGAGGGAGAAGGAAAGAGAAGCCCUUGGUCUGGAACCCACAGCAGAUGCAGGUGGAAUUGGGCCUGCUCUCAGCUCUGGCCUUCCCCUGCCCCCUCCUCUCUGCAGAGAUGUGAGGACAGUGUCUCAUGCUGGGAUGAGCCUCUCCAUAAGCUCCCUCUCACAUAGUAGACCCUCCCGUUAUCCUGCCCUGUCAGGGGAGAAAAGAAGGAAAUGAAGGAAAUGGGUCCCCACCUGGGGUGCAGCUAUGCAUGUCAGCACAGGCUUCCUGACCUGGUGCCACUCAAGGCUCGGCCGCUCCUGGACCAUCUAGAGGCCCCAGAUGCGGUGGUAUGUGAAAGAGACAGGCAGUGAGGCCAGUGCGAGUCAGGGUCUGACCAGAAGCUGUAGCCCAUCCCUCUUCCCCCAAGCUUUUCUGAGGCUGUCUCCCUGAGCUGCUCAGGCUGUCACUCAGUCCAGCUUCAGGCCCAGGGGCUUCCGGCCAUGCAUCUGUUCUCACAGUUGGACCCUCUCUACAAUAACCUGUGGGAGCUGGGGCCUCUGCUCUGAAAUCAGGACUUCAGAGUCUAAUGGUAUGGAAUGUACUAUCUGGGAGGGGUGGACAUUGCCAGACCCCUCUGACUCCUGAGGUAUAGACAGGGCCAGGGUGAGGUGCUACCUCCCCAGGGGCGUGGCCUUCCUGGCCUCCUGGAUUACCCCAUUUUCUGUGCAGAUCUUGCUGCCUCGGGUAAAGUCCCACUUUCCCAGGCCAGAGUCCAAAUGUUUCCUCCAGGAGUCCAAAGUCAUUAGAAGUCAUCAUUCUUCCCCAGGUACAUUCUGCAGAAGGCCGAGCAGGGCAGGCUGUCCAAGGACACAGAUCAAGAGCAGAGAACAAGGCCUUCCCAGCAGCGUGGGGGUUCCCUUGCCCAGCUCUGCACUACCACUGCCCAGCACCUGCGCUGCCAGGAGCAGCAGUGUCACCCCCACAGGGAUGCUGGGCCUGCCGCCCACCUUAGCCCGAGCACUGGCCAGGAGCCUCCAGGCACUCCCAGGUGGGCCAAGACCCACCACGAACUGGCUACUGUUGUGUGUGACCGCGUAUGGGAGGUGUAUGCAUGUGUGUGUGCGUGUAAGCAUGUGUGUUGCCCUGCAUCCCUCCAUCUUCUACAUGGCCCACCUUCUACACUAAGACUUAAGACGUUGCCUCGUAUUGUAUAUUUUGGGGAAAGCCUUGGGUGUAAAUCAGUGUAAACUUGGAGGAGAGAUUUUUCUAUCAUGUAGAGUAGGUAUUUUUUAUAGAUUGAAGGUUGAUCAAUUUUUUUAAUACUUCCAAGAGAGAAAACUAUCUGUGUAUACACAUGAAAUAUAUAUAUAUGUAUGUAUGUAUGAUAAUAAAUAUGGGAACUCUGCUUUCUGUGCCCAGCCUCA